GACUUGUUUGUGUUUACACCGGAAUUGGUCUGAUUCCUGACACUUAUGCUCACACGGUCCUGAAUUAUUGAUGAAUCGUCAGCUCCAGAAAGAAGCAACAUCGCUUUCAAUGAGCUAUUAUAGAGCCUCAUCACCCAUGGCGUAACCAUAGCGACUGGACAAACUUACUCGGUGACACUACUAGAGCACGUGCGUUUUAUCCAGCAGUCAUUUAUGUCUAUUGAUCCUGUUGUUUCGCGUUCAUCCAGACAACUAUUAAACAAAAUGGCAAGCCAAGCUAAGGGUCCACCCUAUGAAAUACCAGAUGGAUUUACAGAUAUGCUGCAACGCUUCGUGGUCCAUAUUCUGAGGAAUCAGCCUGAAAAUCUGCUAGACUGUGCCACAGAAUACUUUCUGGGAAUGCAAGGAAUCAAAAAACCUCUGGAAUCAAAAAUGACUGGUGAGAACCGUGAAAUGUCAUACUUGAACCUCGAUGGCAGUACAAAUGCUUACAAUGAAAACUCCGAGGACUCAACUUUACAGACAAUCAGUCAAUCCGUGUUAGCUGCUUCAAAACAAUCAAUCAGUAAUGUAACAUCCCCAUGCAUCGUUGAAGAGGCUACAGCAUCCGAGAAGUCACAAGAAAAGCCUAGUGUUCUAUCAAGCACCUCGAUUUCUAAACAAAAGAUUUCACAAGCUCCUCUCAAGAAAGAGUCCUCAAGAACAUCAAGAGUUUCAGUGAAGAAAAGUGUACAUGUAGUUGGUCAACCAAAAAAUUCCUCCACGUCAGUAAGGACUGCCUCCAAAGUCUCGUUGAAAAAUAGGGAGUCAUCUUCCUCGGUGAAAAAUGCUUCUCAAGUUUCGGUUAGAAAGGAGAGAGCUCUUGUUUCAGUUAAGAAAGCGUCCCAGACACCUGUGAAGAAGGAAGUUUCUAAAGCAUCUGUAAAGAAAUCUCCAAGCAGUUCUUCUAUUAAUAGCAUUUCUUCCUUAAAAAGCAACGCUUCGGUAAAGAGUAAUGCUUCGUUAAAAAGCAGAGCCUCGGUAAAAAGCAGUGCCUCGGUAAAAAGCAGUGCCUCGGUAAAAAGCAGUGCUUCAUUAAAAAGUAAUGUGUCUGCUAAAUCUCGUGCCACUGCCAAAAGCAGCGUAAACGGGAUAGUUGCCGCAUGUAGCGUAAACGCGACAGUUGCCACAAGCCGCACUACAGUUAAGAGCUCUUUAAGUAAAGCUUCCGCACCAAAGUUAUCUAAAGCUUCAAUUGUGGACGAGUCUCCGUCAUCAACAUCAACUGUCAAAGCCCUAGAGGAGGAUAUCAAUAUCAUUGCAGGAUCCCAAGCUGAAAUUGCGCAAGAGGCUGUCCCUCAGCCAGAUGGACUUCAAGCAAAAACCACACCUAGUUUAUCAGCUAUAAGCGAUAAACCAGAUAGUGAGUUGCCUACUGACGUACUAAAGUCAACCAGUCAGCUUCUAAUCUCUCAGUUAAACUUUCAGACGCCGCUGCAGAGAACUCUGAGCCUGAACCUCAACUGUCAGAAAGUGCUCCCGAACCUCAACAACCAGAAAAUACUUUGGAGAGUCAGCUACCAAACGAGAAUGGACAAUUACAGGAGAAAGUCUCUGAACAAGAAGUACCCGAUGAUAUCAAGGAACUGCCAGCGAAGGGCUCUAAACUCUCUAUGGCAUCUGUCAAGAAAUCACUAGGUUCAAUCGGGCAGUCUAUUUUGUCCAUGAAAUCAUCUCAUCACUCUGCUAAAGCUGGGGAUGCAGAGCAAGUAGAGGCAUCAAUAACUAAUGAAGACAAUGUCUCGUUGAAGUCGAAGAAAGAUGACGACAGUGCUUCAAUAACAAGUGAAAAAGUCAGAUCUUCUUCCAAGUUGUCGAUGAAAUCCCUUACUCACAAAUUCUCAAAACAAGAGCAAGUAGAGGCAACCACAACUAAUGAAGACAGUGUCUCGCUGAAGUCGAAGAAAGAUGACGACAGUGCAUCAAUAACAAGUGAAAAAGUCAGAUCAUCUUCCAAGUUGUCGAUGAAAUCCUUAAGUCAGAAAUUCUCAAAACUAGCAGCGGGAUCAAAAUCUUCGCUGAAACGAUUUUCAUCAGAAAAAUCUCUGGACGCGAUUGACGCAAUAUGCAAAGAGCCCUCAAAGGCUUCGAUCAAAUCUCACAAAGCAGGUGCUCUUGCUGAAGAACAAAGUGUGCUUGUGGAAGAGCCAAGUUCUCUCGCUGAAGAGCAGACUGCUGUCGUGGAAAGUACUCCAGCUGAUGUCCAACAAGAGCCGAUAGGAGAGCAAAAUACCUCUUCUGAGGAAGUGAAUGCACCAGAUGAUAAGCUUAGCACCUCUGCUGAAGAGAUGAGUGCUCCUGCUCAGGACCAAAGCGCUUCUGUCGAAGAGGAAGACAGUCCUGUUGAAGAGUCAAGUGCACCUGCCGAAGAUGUAAGUGCUCAGGACCAAACCGAAGAUGAUGUUGCUCCAAUUGAGUCAAAUGACCCUGCCGAAGAGACGAGUACUAUUGUCGAAGAACAAAACGCCCCUGGCGAAGAGCUUAGUGCAGAGGACCAGAACAUUGCCCCGGCUGAAGAUCAAAAUGCCCCUGUCGAAGAGCAAAGUGCCCCUGCUGAAGAGCUAAGUGCCCCUGCUGAAGAGCAAAAUGCCCCUGUUGAAGAGCAGAGUGCCCCUGCUGAAGAGCUAAGUGCCCCUGCUGAAGAGCAAAGUGCCCCUGCUGGAGAGCUAAGUGCCCCUGCUGAAGAGCAAAAUGCCCUUGUUGAAGAGCAAAGUGCCCCUGCUGAAGAGCUAAAUGCCCCUGCUGAAGAGCAAAAUGCCCCUGUUGAAGAGCAAAGUGCCCCUGCCGAAGAGUCGACUGCUCUUGUCGAAGAACAAAGCGUCCCAAGCGAAGCGGACCAAAAAGUCGACCCUGCUGAAGAACAAAAAGAUCCAGUUGAGGAGCUGAGUGCCCAUACUGCAGAUUCAUGCGCUCUUGUCGGAGAGCAAAGUGCUCCUAGCGAAGAGCUUAGUGCAGAGGACCAGAAAGUUGCGACUGCUGAAGAACUAAGUGCGCCUGCUGAAGACCAAAUUGCACCUCCAGCAGAAUAAACGGUACUGGAACAUCAUGCUUAUGGAUAUGCGUACAUAGGCUGACUGAUUACUUAGUAUCAUUCUAAGUGUUUGUUGAUCAUACAAUUUGUUAAUAUUACUACAAA